UCCACGCUGAGGGCUGCCAGCAGGAAGAGGCCGGAGGAGUAGGACACGCCCCACAGGAAGUAGUAGAGGCGGCAGGCCGCCGUCCCCAGCGGCCAGUGCCCUCCGCGCUGGAUCUCCAGGAUCUGGAAGGCCGCCGCCGCCAGGAACAAGAAGUCGGAGAGGGCCAGGCUGAACAGGAGCAGGGCCAGCCGCGUGCCCGCUCCCUGCCGCGCCUGCGAGCCGGCCAGCCACGCCAUGAGCCCGUUGGCCGGCAGCCCCAGGAGCAGCAGGGCCGCCAGGAAGACCGUGUCCCAGACACCCUGGGGAUAGUAGUCCUCAUCGUCCAGCUCUGUGCGGGGCCCGAGGCCAGUGGCUCCUGGGUCGGCUUCCAUCGCAGUGUCCAUCUGACGUCCCCCGUGUGCCGUGGGCCCCAGAGCCGGUGCCUGAUGAAUCAGGGAAGUCAUGAGGGGCUGAGUAUGAGAGAGAGGGUCCUGUGUACCUCCAGGCAAGUCACCGUCCCUCUCUGAACCAUCGUCAUCACCUUUGGGUGGUUAGCCUCUGCCAGGGACUUUAAAUAGAUGACCCCACCUUGUCCUCAUACGACCCGUUUUCCAGGAGAGGAGAGGAAGGUUCAGAGAGUCAGUGACUUCCCUAGGGUCAGAGACAGCACAGAGGCACCGUUCUGCCACGCGGAGUCCCGCUGUGCCCAAGUGGACCUGGCUCACAAGCAUAUUUUUAAAGCUGGUGAAUGUUUUGUUCAAAUAAAAUAUUACAGUGGCACUCCCACAUGCGCUAGAAGGGAAUGCUCAGAUUAAAGGAGGGGGAGCACCCCUGGGGGUCCAGGGAAGACAGUGCGAACCGCUUAGUCAGAUCGCUGCAGCCCCUUUCCAUCUGGUAUCCUGGGGUUCAAGUGUUUUCAGAUUCUCAGUGGGGGAGGCUCAGGGUCCCACGGGCCUGUAGGAGUCCCAGGAGCCUGGGGCAGAGGAGGCCCUUCCCCUCGGCAAGUGCGGUUCACGGACUCGGUGCGUGGGGGAGAGGUCUGCAACUCAGGCCAGGAUGGCUGUCUUGGAAGCAGCUCGAGCCCCGUCCUCAUCCUCGACCCCCACCUGUGGCCCUGUCCUCAUUCUCACAGCUCAGGCAGAAGGUGGUCCUCUGAGGACAGACAGAGAAGGAGUAGGGGGCUCAGCAGUGUGAUGAGGAGAGGGUGGCUGGGACCCGAGAGGCCUACUGCCCUUCUCACCACGCCCCCACCUUCCCUCAGGCCCCAGGGAGUUUCCUUCCGAGGGUGGGAAAGCGCUGGUGGCAGCCCCGAGUCAGCGGAAGAAGGAGAUGGCUCCUGCCCGGGGCGGUGACCCCAGCCCCUCAGCCUUUAGCCCAGGGUGUUCCUCUCCCCUAGGCUCUUCCGCAGGCAGACCCCGCUCUGCAAGCUCAAGCCUCUACUGGAUCAGAGCCCUGGGCUCCCCCGAGCCCCAACAGGCGAGGGGGCAGCAUGGCCCAGACCCGGCCCCUGGCCCUCAGAAGCUUCCUGUGGGGGUCGUGGCUUCCAGGAGUGGUGCUGAGGGCCUCCCCUUGAGCCGGAAGAGGAGCAAGAAGGAGAGGGGGCUCCGAGGGUCCCGGAAGGGUGCUGGCGGCUCUCAGGAGCAGACCCCUAUUCCGGGCCCUGAGGUCCCAGGGAGCAGCAAGAACCCCUCUGGGACUGGAAGAGGACAGGAAGGGGCAGGUCCUGCAGCCCCUGGGCCAGCCUCCCGUCGCCAGUCCCACCGGCAUCGCCCCAGCCCCCAGCAUGAUGUUGCUCAGAAGACGUACGGGCCCCUACUCAACCGCAUCUUCGGGAAGGACCGCGAGCUGGGCCCCGAGGAGCUGGAUGAGCUUCAGGCUGCCUUUGAGGAGUUUGACACUGACCGUGAUGGAUACAUUGGCUACCGGGACCUGGGCGACUGCAUGCGGACGCUGGGCUACAUGCCCACCGAGAUGGAGCUCAUCGAGGUCUUCCAGCACGUCAAGAUGCGGAUGGGUGGCCGUGUGGACUUCGAGGAGUUUGUGGAAUUGAUGAGCCCAAAGCUGAGGGAGGAGACGGCGCACAUGUUGGGGGUGCGGGAGCUGCGCAUCGCCUUCCGAGAGUUUGACAGGGAUGGAGAUGGACGGAUCACAGUGGCAGAGCUGCGACAGGCAGCACCAGCUUUGCUGGGGGAGCCACUGGUGGGCCCCGAGCUGGACGAGAUGCUCCGAGACGUGGACCUCAAUGGCGAUGGCACCGUAGACUUUGAUGAGUUUGUGAUGAUGCUUCUCACCCACUGAGGCUCCAGAAGGGUGAAUGCGUUGCCCCCUGGCCCCAGGCCAGCAGGGUUCAUGCUGUACACCAUCCCCAUGAGGCCCCACAAAGGAAGAGACUCAGCAGCCCCCAGACUUCUUUGGAACCUUGACGACAUCUGGCUGGAGAGUUGCCUUGUGAUGUCACUCACCCUCCUAUAUCCUCACCUUACUCCCACCUGAGCUGCCUGGAGGAAACCUGCACCCGGCUGCCUAUCAUUCUCUAGGAUGAGCAAGAUUUGGAUCUCUCCAGACCCUUGGUUGGUAGCAAGCUCCCUGGCACUGCAGCAUUCAAAGACAGGGGGACAGAGUUGGGGGGAUUCUGGUAACAUGGGGAAUUGGGAGGGUGGCUGGGUGCCUCCCACUACUUGUGAAAAAAUGUAAAAAAAAAAAAAUCUUAACUUGAAAGAAAGCCAGGGAUGACCCCAGGUACCAAAGACAAAGCAAGAACUCCGAGUUGGGUGGUGGGAGAGUGGGACACCAUGGGGGCCUCAGGCAUGGAGAGAGGUUCAGGAGCCUGGGCUCUGACACUUAUGAGUGACAGAAGGCCUGUAAGAGGCUGAGGAACAGAACAUGAGCCCAAGUACCUUCCAGGGUCUCAAAAGGCUACCCUGUUCUUGAAAAGGGGAUCAAAAUAUAUUUCCACCCACCGGUCCAAGGAAGUGGCAAGGGUACAGACGUCCAGGGCCUUCAGUGGAAAAAGCUACCCUAAGGAACCUGAAACUCAGGCUUGCACAUUAGGCAGGAAAGCUGAAGAAAUAGGGAGAAACUACUGGAAGGGCACUCUUCAACCCAGGACGCAAUAGACUUCAGCAAACAACAGCCCUGUCACUUCUGAAGAUGAACUCAUGACAAAACAUUACAAAUCACAUAAGAAAACAAGUCACCAUGAGGGGGACUAGGCAGACGCAACAAACGGGAGAACCAGACCCCAAAGUAUAAGUAAUAGAACAAUCUGAAAGGGACCAUAGAGUAAAUGCAAGCAAAAAUGAGAUGAAAGAAGGGAGAGAGGCCGAUAUGCAGUAACAGGAUAGUACGAAACAGAACAGGAAGAUUAAAAAGAAUGACCCAAUAGAACUUCUAAAAAUAAAGGAUAUAAGCAUUGGAAUGAAAAAAAAAAUCAAGGGAGAAGUUAAGCAGCAGAUUAGACACAAUUCAAGAGAAGAUUAAUGAACUGGAAACUACAUUUGUACUGGAAGCUACAGAAAUCACUCAUAAGGUAGCAAUGAGAGAUAAACUAACGGAAAAUGUUACAGAGUAGUUCAAAGUCAUCAGGAGUGUCAGAAGGAGAAACUAUACAGAGUGGGCAUAAGGCAAUACUCAAAAGACAUGAUGCCUGAAAUUUUUCCGUAAAGGCUUCCACAAAGACAAGCACCCAGAUCAAAGGUACCCACUGGAUCCUGAGAAGAAAUAAAAACAAAUGUAUAUCUAGAUGCAUUCCAGCAGAACUGCAGAACGCAAAAGGAAAAACCCUAUAACCAACUCAACUUGAGACAAAAGUCAGAUGACUUACCGAGGAACCGCAAUUAGGCUCUGUGAAGACUUUUCCUUGGCUACAGUAAGUGCCAGAAGACAAUGAAAUAAACUGGUCAUCAUGCGGGGGAGAAACGAUCUCUGGCCAAGAAGCCUAUACCUCACUGAAUCAUUAUUCACGAAUGAAGGCGAAACAUCAACUUUUUUCAGGAAACAAAGGCUGGGAAGAGUUUCGCACCCACGUGCUCUUGCUGAAGGGAUGGCUUCGGUAAGAGGGAAAUUCCGACCAGAGUGAAGGCAGAGUAUGUACUACGUUAUGGUCAGGAGAGCGAUCAGUACACAUAUUGGUGGCUCUAAAGAAGCAUUAACUGUAAAAGAAAAAAAAAGUUAAUAUGUUAAAAAUAAAGGAGGAACUAAAAUAAUAGACAAAAUGAGACGGAAGAUGGGGGGGAUACUUUAGACAUGCCGAAAUCUUUCUCUUGUCUUUCCUAGAGGAGGAUAGAUUCGCUGAUCAGCUUCAGAGUUUGUUAACCAUUUAAAAGUAAUCAUUAAUGUAUAGAAACAGAGGUAGAAUGUUUUGUUCAACAGUCAAAUCCAUAGAAGAAGAAAAGAGGGAAAGUGAAGAAUUCUUGAUUGAACCAGUAGAAGGCUACAGAAGAGAGGGAAAAAGUAAAGAAAAACAAAGUCCAUGAAAACAUUAAAACAGAAGAUAGGAAGGGGCGCCUGGGGGGCUCAGUCAGUUGAGUAUCCAACUCUUGAUCUCAGUUUCGGUUUUGAUCUCAGUGUCACGAGUACAAGCCCCGAGGUGGGCUCCACGCUGGGCAUGGAGCCUAUUUAAACAAACAAACAAACAAAAGAUAGGAAUAAUCCUUAAAAAUAAAAAUUCCAAUAAUUAUGAGCAGAUCAAGUUUUUGGUUAAAAGAGAGUCUCAGCCCCAGAGGAAAGUUUCAAUAUUAGACUGGGUUUCCUGUGACUGACAGAGACUCCAAAUAACAAUGUUUAACAGUCAGAAGUUUAAAAUGGAUAGAAGUUUAUUUCUUAGGUGAAAUUCAGCUGUAUGCUCUUCAGGGACCCAAGCUCCUGCUAGCUGCCCUGCCAUUCCUGGGGUCUGCCCAAGUUUGUUCAUUUCUCAGGUGUCAGGUUGGAAGCAGGAAUAAAGAACAAAGGGGGACAGAGAAUGUGAACCACUCAUACCCCAUUAGGUAGGGCUCCUCACCUGGUACAGGUAGUUGCAAAGGAUGCUGGGAGAUGUGGUCUUUAUUUGGGGUGGUCACAUACCCAGCUUAAGACCAGAGGUCCUUCUACUGUAGGGCAGAGAGCAGACAUCAAAGGGAAGAUACCAGACUCUUCCCCACAGCUCAGUGCAGGAUCUAAGACACAUUCAAGCAGCAUAACGAGAAUCGAAAGGCCGAAAGUGAUGGGUGGGAAAACAGAUUUACUAGGAGAAAAUGAACCGAAGGAAGCUCAUAUACGUAUGGGCAUAGCAGACAGAAAUGGGCUAUGAGGCGAAAACCAUUAGGGAUAAAAUGAGUCACGAUUCACUAAGGAAAUGUAAUGUUUCUCGUCCCAACACAACUAUCCAUGUAUUUUUCAACUAAAAAAGUUACAUUUGGAAUUUAGAUAUUCAUUCUUCCCGGAAGAUAGCGUUACUGUUAAUCGAGUUUGGAUUACAUAAAUUAACCAGCAAAAAUCAAGCACAUUGGUCAUGUUGAAACUUUAAAUGUUGUGAUUCAGUGUUCUGUCAGUGUGUUCACGUAGACCAAGGGUUGGUCAAUUUUUUCUGUAAAAGGCGACAGCGUAAAGAUUUUAGGCUUGGAGGACCUAAGGUUUCUGUCACGACUGCUCAGCUCUGUAUCCCCAAGCAGCCAUGGCCAACACAGAAAUGAAUAGGUGUGGCUGGGCUGGAAAUUUAGUAAUUAAUUUACUAAACUUGAUUGACACUGAAAUUUGAAUUUUAUCUUUUAUGUGCCUCAAAAUCGUAUUAUUCUUUCACUUUUCCCCCAACCAUUACUAAAACAUAAAAACCAUUUUAACUUGGGGACCACAUCGGGUCUGUGGACGGUCACUUGGUGACAUCUGCUGUAGUCUUAUAAUAUGGAGACUCACAACUUCUGGAGUAACUUUAUUAAGGUUGUGGAAUGACAAAAAGUCAUGAGCAAGUAGUGACUCUGUAUUAAUUGCCUAUUUGCUCACAAUGCAUGUUUUUCAUAAUUUUCCUUUUUUCCUAUGUUUGUUCUGAUUAUAUUCAUUGAAAUGUAAUCCUAUGUCUGAUUGAUCCGGUAAUACAGAUUGUGGGCUUAGAUUCUGUAUGUUUUUACUUU